UUUUCUUGUAAAUUUAGUCAUAAUACACUCUAAAGUCCAGGCAUCUAUGCAGAUUUGAAAAUGUAAAAAAAAAAAAUCUUCUUUUUCUAUGUUUUAUCUAGCUGUUUGUUAGCCUCCUCCCCUGUAUGUUCUCGCCACAAACCAACCGCAGAUAACGCUUUGCUCAUGAUCAUCGUCUCAUUGCUUAACUUUGACACCAUCAUUCCACUGUUUAAUACUUUUGCAAUAUGUAAAAAUGUCAAAAUUUAAAAAGGUUAUUAAGUGAGAAGUAAGAGAAGAGAAGUAGUGACUGCCUAUAGAUGAAACUAAUAUUUCCCAUGUUAAAAAAAAAAAAAGCGAUAUUACAUUAAUCUUUUUAGAAAUACUUUUGGUACGCAUGAAGAAAAAAAUUAUCUCUGGAGGAGGAAGGAAGGAAGACAUUUUUAUGUAUCGACUGUGACAUGCUGUUUGCCUCCCACCCUCACACUGACCACCAGUCCUCCUCUGUCUUCUUCAGCCUACACUCUGUUAAAGGACUGUUUUCAGUUUUGACUGAAACUGAAGGACUACACCAGCCAUGCUGUUGGCACAAGUUGGAUGUAUGCUUAUGGGUUUCAUCCUGUACAUCUCAGAGGUUCAGGGACAAAAAAACAGCAUCUGUGCUUUAAAAGGCUCAGCAGUGGAUCUGCGCUGCUCAGCUGAACAUCCCACUUCAAGCAUGAAAUGGUACGCUGUACACUGGAAUGACUCCAAGCAUGUUCAGAAAGAGCUCUCUGCAGGUGGAAAGCAUGUGACAUACAACAUGUCUGAAGACGGUAACUUCACUCUAACAAUCAAUGAUCUGAGAGAGAGCGAUGAAAAUGUUUACUGCUGCCAAGAGAAUACAGACACACCAGAAAACUGCUGGUACAAUGGAACUAAUCUCCAAGUUGCAGACCUGCAGGUAAAGGUGAUUCCCACCACAGAGGGACAGAAAGUCACACUCAUGUGUAGCACCAGCUGUCCUCUGACUGAAAACCCCGAAGCCUACAUCUGGUACAAGAACAGGGAGUUUCUCUAUGAGGACUGGUCCCCCUGGUACCAAGAGCUGGUCAGCAGUGAGGAAGCCGUCAGAUACUCCUGCGCUAUCAAAGGCUACGAGGAUCUCAGAGCCCCUGAAGUCUCAGUGGAUUCUGUCACAUCGGCCUGCUUUAGUGUGACCUAUGCUAAAGGGAAAAUGUGCUCUGAUCAGCAGGAAUCAAUGCAGGAGCCUUGCUCCAUCACAUAUCCCAGAGAAGUACAUGUUCAAACGACUCCUGAGGAAGACUAUGUUGUAAUGGCCUGUAAGGGCAGCUGUCCAAUGGCUGGCAAUCAAACUGUCUAUAGGUGGUACUGGAACAAAGAGCCAUUCAGUGACUGCGAGAAUCAGCACAUAACAGUUUUCAGGUCUUAUGACGAAUUUGUGUCUUGUGCUGUAAAAGGCCAUGAAGACCUGCACUCUGAUGACAUCUGCUCUUCUGCGGUGAACUGUUGGAUUAACAAUUAUGUCAGCAGGAGAAUCUGUGCCCUGGAAGGUUUUUCGGUGAACAUUUCAAGUCAAUACUCACACUCCACAAGCAGUAGUAAGAUUACAAAAUCAUGGUAUAAAAUAAAGAGGCCUGGUGUGGAUGGUCCUGAAUAUGUGAGCGAUGCCGGUCGGGUGGAGUAUCACGGCGACAUGAAAAACCACCACGUGCUAAGAAUCAAUGACCUGCAGAAGAAGGACUCAGCAGAAUACAUAUUCGGAUUCAAACACGAUUAUGAAAAACGGCAACAGCCUGAUUUAUCUGGAGCGAUUUUAGUUGUCACAGGCCUGAAAGUGACAGUGGCUCCUUCUGCAGUGGUGAAAGAGGGCCAGAGAGUCACACUGACCUGCAGUACCAGCUGUCCUCUGACUGACGACACAAUCUACACUUGGUACUUUAACAGUCGAGAACUGAACCUGCCCAGGAACCACAACAAACACCUGGUUCUACGCUCAGUCAGCUGGAAGCAUGCAGGAAACUACUCCUGUGCUGUCAAAGCUCUCCAAGAGAUAUCUUCACCUGAAGCGACGCUCACUGUCAAAGGGAACUCUGUGGUGAUACUGAAUGCUGUAAAACUGAUUCUUUUAUUAUUGAUCCUGCCUGCUGUAUUUCUCUACCUGUGGAUGAGGACGAAGAAAACUCUGACCCCCACUUCUGAACUAAGUGACAAAGUACAAACUGGACAGAAGAACGAUGUGUAUGAGAAUGUCACUCUCAGCGACAUUAAUCCUGCAACCCAGAAGGGACCAGCAGAGCAGCGGAAAGACACUCGGAAACGUUAGCUUGGAUUUUAGAUACACAUGAAAGGCACUGUGCAGAUAAAAUGUUUGUAUUAUUCAGAUUCAAGUCAGACAAACAAAAUCUGACCACUACAAAGAGUAUGUGCUUAACCAUGCUCCAAACCGGAGGGUCACAUUUACCUUUAUCCUUUGUGCUAUCUACUUCCUGCUUCAGCAGUCACUGGGGGUUGGAUGCAAGGCUCUUAUCUAGAGAUGAAUCACACAUGUUCUUGUUAACGGUCUAUGAAAGAAGCAGUGACAUGCUGCGUGCUACCGCCACCAUCGUAAAACAGAUCUACUCAGUUUUGCAUCUUAAGAGUUUUUGGGUUAUGAUUAAAUCUUGUUAUAUUUUACAUGUUUUAAUGCCACAUUUAUCUUCUUUUUAAUCAGUAUUCCUUUUUGUAUUUUUUUUGUUUGUUAAUAGCAUCUAAUAUAGUUGCUUUUUUUAUGUACAGGGGAUUCAAAAAUGAAGAAUACACACAUAUCCAUUCCACUGUAUAACAUGCACUAGAGAUAACUUUGUAGAAGCCUUUUUGCUUCCUUCUUCCACUGCACAUAUCCAUUUGUUUUUAUUAUUGUAUGUCUCUCACCACUAUGUUUUAAUUGAGCAAACAGAUUAAAACAAAAUUCCAAAAGACA